CAUUCAUUGCUCCAUCCAUCAAAGUCCGAGCGUGUCAUUUGCACGUGUGCACUCAUUUUUGAUUUAUGCGAUGAUCUCAGGCAGCCGUUUGGCGCGACGACAUGGAUUAUUGAAAUGGCGGAAUCUUUGUUGUAGAUGCUACAGCGAGGCACCCCUACGGCCACCACAGGAAUGGCUGGAAGGCAAGCCAGUGCGAGGUCAGUGGGACAGCGAUGAGAACAGUCCCGAACAACACGAACGCACUCUACUGCAGAGAAGGAGAGUUUUCUCGGGAAUCCAGCCCACAGGUGUGCCGCAUCUGGGCAAUUAUCUAGGGGCUCUUCGUCAAUGGAAAUUGCUGCACGACAGUUCGGCGAAUACAAAGCUACUAGGCGACACAAAGCACGACCAGUUCUUUUCCGUGGUGGACUUGCACGCCUUGACGUCGUCAGAUGUCCCAGGCCAUGUGCGCAGACAGCUGAGGAGGGAGUCGUAUGCUUCCUUGAUGGCUAUUGGUCUUCAAAACACUCAGCAGACUACUCUAUUCUUUCAAUCUGAUGUAACAGCACACACUGAGUUAAUGUGGAUCUUGAGCACCAUUGCAUCGACGGGCUAUCUUUCCCGCAUGACCCAAUGGAAGAGUAAAUUAAAUCUGUCGGACGAUGCAGACUUGCACAGCGACGAAGCUACGGCAAAGCUAAAGCUUGGCCUAUUCUCCUAUCCCGUUCUUCAGGCGGCUGAUAUCUUGCUAUAUCAAGCAACCUUGGUACCCGUUGGUGCCGACCAGUUACAACAUAUCGAAUUUGCUAGGUCACUGGCUAGAAGCUUCAAUUCUCAUGUCAGAUCCAGGCCUGAAAGUGGCGGUAACGUCUUCAGAGUACCCUGGCCGGCGCUGUCUGCCGCUCAACGGAUCAUGUCGCUGAAACGGCCGACGCAAAAGAUGUCCAAAUCCGACCCGGACCCGAAAUCACGCAUCCUCAUCACCGACACACGCGAAGAGAUCCACGCAAAGAUCAAGGGCGCCGUGACCGAUUCGGAACCAGGGAUAAGCUAUGACAUUGACAAAAGACCCGGCGUCUCAAAUUUGGUCGACAUACUUCGGAACGUGACCUCUCUCAGUCUAGCCCCGGAGGCCAUCGCAAAGGACCUCGAAAACAUGACGAUGCGGGCGUUCAAGGAAAUGGUGGCGGACAAUGUUUGCCAGUGCUUGGAAGGAGUGCAUGAUAGGUUUGAAGAGCUCAUGGACCCUUCGAAUCAAACUCUCAACAUUGAGGCCGAAGAAGGGGCUAAGAAGGCCCGACGGGUCGCCAUACGGACCAUGAGGUCGGUCAAAAACUCCCUGGGUCUAGAAUCGUUUUGUGCCUCGUCCAACAUGUGGGAUCGGGAAAUGAUCAGGGAGUCGGGUACGGAUAACACCAUCGCAGAAGAUUCAAACACUACGAUACGAUACAUUACGACCAAGGAGGGAACAGCGGAUGCUAUUCAAGAAGCAUUGGCAGGGCUCAACAAGCAAUCCUCGCAGGUGGACGAGCCGGAGACCACUAAACCACAAUGAUUGACGAGAUGAUAUCCGAUUAAUGGUAUUCGUACCAUUUGUAUAUCCAGAUACCCGGGAUCCUUCACGGUGGCACAAAAGACUGUUUCUGGUAACGAGGCUGCGGUUGUAUUACAUUACCAUACAGCUUGGAAAUUUACCGCCGCCGAAAUUCCCGAUGAAAAGCGACGUCACUCGCCAAGAGGGCGAAACAUUUCUGUAUUAUUACUUCUUAUCCGGAUACGAGUACGGAGCAUGUAUAGCACUCUGUGAAUCAGAGCUUGAUAGAUUUCCUUUCGAC